GUUUUUGUAGCGGACACAGAGCCGUUAUGGAGCAGGUUCACAAUGAGGCGUUCCAGAUGUAAAAAGAAACCGUUCACUGUCACGUGAGGUUUGUUUACUUCCGCCAAAACCUCUACUGCACGUGCUGUGAAAGGUCAUGGCUGUCCCUGACUCCAUUAAGCCCUUCAGCCCAGAGGAGACCCAGAGGAUCCUGUGUCAUCUGCAGCAGCCUGCAGUCUUUAUGAAUAUGACUUCAGAUUGGCCUGUCCUCCACUGGACUGCAGAGCACUUGUCCAAAUGCCUUGGAGACAAACACAUCCGAUUCAGACUUGGAAAGAAAGAUAAGACAAAAACUCCUCUGUUUGAAACCCAGUGCUCCUAUGUGGAGGCCAAACUGGAGCACUUUCUUAACUGGACCCAGGGCUGCACUGGGGCCGAAGCAGGACUUUUCUGCAACUACCCAGUAUCAGAGUACUGGGCCUAUGCUGACUACAAAUACAUUGCCAUGUUGUUUCAAGAUCAGCCUUCAAUGUUUCAGGAUGUAAAGUGGUCGGAUUUUGGUUUUGAAGGACGUAAUGGAGGAGAGAGCACCUUAUGGAUUGGCACAAAGGGGGCCAACACACCCUGCCACCUGGACUCUUAUGGCUGUAACUUGGUGCUGCAGGUGCAAGGACGGAAGCGUUGGCACCUUUUUCCUCCUGGGGACACUCGUCACCUGUACCCAACCAGAAUCCCUUAUGAGGAGUCCAGUGUCUUCAGCCAGGUUGACGUUCUACAUCCAGACCAGAGGAGGUUCCCUGCUUUUCAGGGAGCAAAGGUCCAUGUAGUCACUCUGAAGCCAGGCCAGGUGCUGUAUGUUCCCAGACACUGGUGGCACUAUGUGGAGUCAGUGGACCCCAUUACUGUUAGCGUCAACUCCUGGAUCGAACUGGAGGGGGAUCAUAUGGCAAGAGUCAGUGAAGCUGUCACCAAGGCUGUGGUCUGUGCUCUGAAAAGUGCACCAAGUGAUGACAACACUGAUGACUGGCUCAAUCCAACUGAGGAAGGAGUAGGAUCCCAUAAUGAGAACAUGCAGUAUCUGAACCUGGCAGUGAGAGCUUUUGCUGAAAGACAGAACAGCCUUUCCAACAUUAAACAAGUCCAGGGCUCGAGAGACACUCGUCCAGUUAAGCGGGACUCCAGAGGAGAAAUCAAGAAACACUGUGGUAUGGUGGAAGAAUCUGCUCCCUUCACUGUUCCCUUUCAACCACAUCUGAUCCCAGUAGACUGUCAAGAAGUGAACUCGCCAGAAACGGAAGGGAUGACCACAAAAGAUCUCAAAUUUUCAGGGAACAGUGAUGUCAAAUCUCAGGAGGACUGCACAGCCAGAUCAAAUGAAUUACAGAGAACAGAGCUUACAUCUGCAGACAGCCCAAGUUUAACUCGAUACAGACAGAGUGACAGUGCAGAUGUGAGGUUCCAGGACUCUUCAUAUGAUUAUAAGGAGCCAAGAGACACAACAAUAGCCACUAAUGACCUGUUAGACUGCUUGGUGCAUCCUGAUGUCAUUGCCCUUGUUACAAGGCUUUUACUGGAAAGGAACACAGAGAGUUAUAAGGCUACAUCCUCUCUUUAGUAUGCACCUGCUGAAAAUAACUAAGCUUGAGUGUCAACAGUGCUCACUUCAGGAAUCAUUCACAAUGCUUUCACUCAGACAAUCUUAAUAAGUCUGCGUAACAUUUUCUACUCUAAAUGUCUCCCUGGAUUUUUUAAGAAAAAAACCCUAAAAGAUGUUUUGCUGCAGAAAUCAAUCUGCAAAGGCUUUGUUGGUGGUGAAAGGGAGGUGGGAAGAUAAAUGUCAAAUCCACCCUUCUUUUCUUUUUCUCAUCAUCUAUCAACCUCCUCUUUAGAUUAGACCCGGAUGUGUGAAGACACAACCAAAACUAAUCAUAAUACGAGGAGUGAUGCCAUCAAGUGCUUCCUUGUUUUGUUGUCCUGCACAAACUAAUCCUGUUAGGUUCCCCCAGACCAAGAAAAAUGCUCCCCUAAAUCAAUUUGGUAUGCUAAUAAACCACAUAAGUCAAGGUAAUAUUCCAGACAUGUGAACAUUUGUUUCUUGCUUAAUGUUUUUCUGCCAUCUGCUAAUGAAAAUUGUCAAUGAACAGCAGCAGAGGGUUGAUCGUAAUGGAUCAUUGAUGGAUGAAAGCUUUACGUGAGGAGCAAUGAGUGAAAAUGUUUGAGAACAGUCUGUUGCUACACAUCCUGACACACUUCUCA